AUGGGCGUCAUCCGAACCCUCUUCAGCACCGCCGUCCUCGGUGGCGCCGGCAGCGGUGCCGCAUUCGCAUUCUGGACGCGCAACUCCCACUUCGUCCCUCUUCCCCCCACCGACGCCAUCUUCGCCUCGCCAGCCUACGCAGCCCAGAACCCCAACGGCAACCCGGUCACGAAGGACCUCUGCGUGCGCAGGGUCCCGCUGCGCGAGAUCCGGCCGCAGCUGCUGGAGAAGGAGGGGAAGCUGGUUGAGGCGUUUUGCGCGGGGGUUUGGAGCGGUUAUGGCUACACCCUCCAACGUCACUACCUAUCCUCAAAAUACCGCACCCCCAACAACACCUCGCAACAGCUCUGGGACGCCCCCUCCCUCCAAACCAGCACCUACCCCCCCGGCACCCAGAUCAGCAACCACUUCGUCGUCGUCUCCAAGACGCCCACAUCUAUCGUCGUGCGCUGCGGCGACGCCCCCGCCGUGCAAGGCGUCCGGGCCUCCGACGGCUUGUUCGAGAUGGGCGUAGAAGUCCAUCCCGAAGGCGAAGGCGAAGGCGACGAGAAGGGAGGCGUAGCGGUCUUUCGUCUCAAGAGCGUAUUUUUCCAAGGGAGUGGCACAGCGAAGGACAAGCCUAUGCCGAACCAUAUAGAGUUCUUGCAUCGUUUGUAUACGAAGGUGUGGAUGGAGACGGCGCUGCGGAAUGUCACGUUAUAA